UUGUGCGAGGCUGGCAACCGCGCUGCACAGGGAGCGAUGUGGGCCGCUGCCGGGCGGCCCUCCUCAGCCCCGCUCGUAGCCGGGCAGCGCCAUGAAUCUGGGAGAUGGACUGAAGCUUGAAACUGAAGUGUUGGAUGGAAAGCCUAGGCUAAUUUUAGCUUCUUCCGAUAAAUCAAAGCCUGCAAUGAAGAUGGGUAAUAAAGCCAGAGCACCUAAACAGGCAUUGAGAAUAAGGCGUACUGGACAUGUUCCGAGGUCAACACAAAAUGCUUGUAUCAAGCAGGAAAAUUUUACAAAACCAAGGAGUGAAUCAAGCUUAUCAAUGACAAAAAGUGAAAAACCACAAGUUACUAAACACUCCUCACAUGAAGCCACAACUGAAGAUCGCACUCUGAUUUUCCAAAGAGAUAGUGCAAACAGCUAUCCUGAUUCAGAGAAUCCUAAUGUUGUUAAAAAAAGUAAACAGAAACCUCAAAACCCACAUGUAUCAGCUGAAGACCUAAGAAGUUUGGUGUGUUUAACACAAGAACAGCUUCAGCAGAUUUUGAUGACUGUAAAAGGAGGAACUGGAAGCAUCUCUGAGGCUCAUAAAGAAAAGCAAGAAGAAAUGGCUACUAAUGAGGCAUCAGAGGAAAACAUUACAGUGUUGCUCCAAAAAGCUUGUGAAGUUUCAUCAGUUCCAAAUGAAGCUAACUCUGAAUCAAGCAGGAAACAAGAAGCAUAUCUGCAGCCAGGAGAGAAAGAUAUAAAGGAUUCAUGGAAACCUGCUGACGUGUUUAGUACCUUGGGUGAAAGAGAAGGCGAGAAAGCCUUAUUAGAAUUUAGAAAGACCCAAUGGAAGAAGGAAUUAGAUGAACAGGUAGCACUGAAGAAGAAACGGAAAGAAACUUCGGAGGGAGAGGUGGGUCAUUUCUGGGCAAAACCUGGCAAUAAUAAAGCCUAUAAAGAGGAAGUGGGAACAGCUGACCCAGAUAAGACAAUGUGUCCAGCUGACUCAGUUAUUACCACUGAGGAAAGCUGUGUCUGUACAACUGCUUUAACCACAGAGGCUAAUAAAGUUCGACUGAAUGUUUCAAGUGCUCCAGCUGGGCAGUCUUCUGAUUUCAGUUCUUCUGACUUACCAGCUGUCAACUGCACUGCACUUCUUUUAUGGGAAGCUGUGCCACAGGAGCAACCUCUUAGUGCUUUGAAACAUGAGCAACAGAAGAAGUGGCUUGAAGAGCUGGACAAACAGAAGGAAGAAGCUAAGCUACGAAAAAUAGAAGAAAAACUUAAUUUAUCAAAGGCUGAAGAGCAUGACAGAUGGGCAAUGCAUUUUGAUUCUUUAAAGAACCACCUUAAUGCUAAUGCAAAACACCCCCUAAAUGGAAUGUACAAAAAGCAGCCUGAAAGUCUUUGCCUGUCAUCUGACCCUAAGGAGCUGACUGCUUUUAUUCACCCUUUUUCACCUGCAGCUUUAGGCAACCCCAUGCCCUCAAAGGUGGAAAAUGCAGAAAAAGCUGCUAAAAACAGUGCUUUGGAAUACAGUCAGAAAGUCAGUUUCCUCCGUUCAAUGACAGCACUCCUGGACCCUGCAGAGAUUGAAGAGAGAGACAGGCGGCGGCAGAAACAGUUAGAACAUCAGAAAGCAAUAAUGGCUCAGGUAGAAGAAAAACGGAAGAAGAAACAACUGGAGGAAGAGCAGAGAAAAUGGGAAGAACAAGAGGAAGAACAGCGCCUAGCACGAGAAAAAGAACAAAUGCAGAAACAGUUUGAAGAAGACAUGCUGAAACAAAAACAAAAGGAGGAACUUGUGACUCUUAAAACAAAUGAGCUUUACCAGACCAUGCAGAAAGCUCAAGAAUUAGCACAGAGAUUAAAACAUGAACAGCGCAUUCAAGACUUGGCUCAGAAGGGACAUGACAUUUCAAAACUUCAGAGGAAUCUUGGUGGUGAUACAGAAUUUGAAAAUUGUAAUACUGACAUUUCACAUCAAAGUUGCAAUUUUUCUGAUGACAUUAAGAGCCACAUUGAUCAGCAGACUUCUUGGAAGAACACUGCUGUACAGACAGAUGACUUUAUUACUUCAGCAUACACCGAGUCAGCUGAGGAAAGAACUGUGUGUUGUGGAUCACCUGAUAUUUCCAUAGAAUAUAAAGAAGCCUCUAGCAGCAAAAAAUACCAGAAGGAAAUGCAGUAUGUAGAUAAAAAUAAAAUUUCAGGAAAAGAGAAUGGUUACAUUUACAGUGAUCUGUAUGAACAAUAUGCAAGAAAAGAAAGACAGAUUAAGACUUCAGAAAAAUACAGCAAAAGACCUGAUUGGAACAUAAACAAGCCUGGGAAAAGAUACAUUCCAGCCUCAGAAAGAUACCCUAAACAGCUACAAAAACAAAGGGAAGAAAACAAAGUAAGACGACAAAUGGAGCUCCUUCAGUUGGUAGAAAGAAAUACCCCUGGGAAUCUCUGCCCAAGAAAGGGUGGUUAUGCAGACAGGUCUCUUUCACCUCAUGAAGAAAUAAAUAGGAAGAAUAAGGGACGUCGAGUCAGAAAGGAAGAACAGUUACAGAAAAAUCAUCUGAAUGAAGAAAGGUCUGAAUCGCCACCUGUUCCAUCAGUUAAGAACAGAUUACACCAAGUACAACAAAAACAUAUACAAGCAUCUAAUUUCCUGGUGCAUAACAACAGUAGAAGAGAGAAAAAUAUCAAGACAGAUACACAGCAGAGGAGCUCCCCUUCUCCUGUUACAGAAGCUGGAAGACCUCCCUCUCCACAAUUUAUUCCGUAUGUUCGAACAAAUGAAGUAUAUUAUCUUGAUCCAGAUGCACCAGUGACUAGACCUUCAACACAUGACCCACAGUAUCGACAGUUUAAUGAUUCUUACCAAACGCCACGACAGAUUUUUAGCUCUGAUCAUGUUAGAGAUCCUCUUCUAAAUCCUGAUGUAGUUAAAAUCAGAGAGAGACAACAAGCAAUUCUCAAAGGAUUGUCAGAAUUACGCCAGGGAGGAAAAUUGCAUAAAUCAUCAAAAUAAAGGAGAGAAAAAUCUGACAGACUGAAGUACAACAAAACUACCAGUAGUUAACACUAUUGAUUACCUGCUGAGCUUUAGAAAGACAGAAGUUCUGCCAUGGAUGUGUCGUGCUUCAGUAGUAGGUAAAUUCCUUGUGCAAAUGAAGGGUUGUGGCGCUCCCCAAGUUAUUAAGAAAAGUUGCGACCCAAGGACACUGAAAGGUUACCAGUUCCUAAUGGUUUCCAAAUAAGUUUGACCAGAUCUGGUCUUCCCCAAUGCUCAUUAUGUUUUUGUUAAAUAUCCUCAACUGUGAAGUAUUUUAUAUUCAGGCUUCAUUUGGCACCAGUAUUUUGGUUAAGAAUGAAGCAAACUUCAAAGCACAGUUUGAUCCUUGUUCUUGCUGAGGUGAACAGAAGCCGUGGAUAUUUAAAGAGUUUUAAGGUGAUAAUAUCCAUGUUGGCAAACUUAGGAGACUGGAGCUGAGGGACAUUUUUGAUAAAUAGUAUAUCAUCACAUCUUAACAGUGGCUAAAACUAAUGUUAAGGUUCAGUGGACAUUGGCUCUGGAAGAGCGUUAGAACACGUAGAGUUCAUUUUUAAAAAUCCUCCCAGCUGCAGAAUGCAUUUAGGACAUUAAUUGCUGAACUUAACUUAGGUGUAUCUUGUAAACCUAAGUAUUGUAUACUCCUACAGGUGACAUCUGGUCUGCAGCAGUUAUUUCACUGGGAAAGGAAAAGUAAUGCAGUAUUUUGUAUGAAAUACAAUUUAGACAAAGAGCAGAGUUUACUUUUCUAUUUCAGAAGCUAAUGUAGUCUUGGUUUUUAAAAUUAUGUAUUCACAGCAUACUUGGCCAUUCUUUAGCCUUCUUUUGUCUGGGAGAAUUCACAGCAUAUUUCACCAGUCUUUAGUCUUUGAAAUACACACCCAGCUGGAGUGAUGGAUAAAUAGGCUGUUCUGUGAACAGUCUAGCUGAACUGGCUGACCCAUGGAGUGAACCCAUGCAGUGAAACCAGAGGGCAGAUGAGGGCCCCCUUCUGCCAAAGGAAGGGUGAUUCUGUCAUGGCAUUUGUUACCAGACAGAAGGUCUCUGCCUGUAUUUCAGGUGACAGCAGUUAAUAGAAACUAUCAACAGACUUUUAGUUUCCUCCCUAAAAUCGAAAGAGUCAGUGGAGUAAGCCCAGGUUUAUUAAUUCAGCAAAGUGAAUUAAGUAUUUGGCCCUUCUUUUGCACAAAGUUUAAGAAAAAGGACAAACCCCCGUGCUCCAGUCCAUGGGUACCAGAGCAUCUUAUUGUCACUAAGGCAAUAAACCCACUUACCACCAGGGCAUAGCCUGCAAUGGCUAAGUGAGCUUGCCAGCCAGAGCCAGGAUGGCCAAGGACAUGCAAAGACAGACCCCACUACUUGUCCCUCGUGUAGGUAUUGCACAGCCCUUUGUGCUUGGCCCUUUGCUCGACCUUUGCAAACCACAUGAUAGACUUUGUUCCAGUUUUCAGUGUUACUUGUUUCUCACCUCAGCUCCAGGUUGAUUUAAGGCACUUUAUUGCAUGACUGUUUUGUAACAUGCUACUAAAUGCAAAAAGCAUUCUAUAAUAAAAGAAGUAAUUAUUGACAAAGGGACUGCCCAAGGCACUGACCCAUUAAUAGAAAUAGCAGAUAGUGUUGGUUAGUUAAAAAGCAAUUCAUCAAAUGCUUGAAAGUAGGCAGCUGCUGCUUUUGGAGUGAUGCAGUGUGAGGUGUAACAGGCAGCUUUGCUAACUGAUGCCAGUUCUGCAUGACCUCUCUCCCCUUCUGUGCCACCAGGAAUCUCAUAACUAAAUUGUUGUAGUACCCGCAGGCUUGUGUUAGGUCUCUACUGUGCUGUGCCAGCAGCCUAUAACCCUCACCUUUGAGAAAGGGCUCGUAACGCUGAGGAAAAAGUACCAGUGUAACCUUUUUUCCCUCUUUUAUUUAUUUUGUAAACAAACUUCCUCGGUACCAAAUUCCUUCUGACAAGUCUAAAAUGGGUAGAGACCGAGGGGCCAGAUGUAGCAAUACAUAUGCUCCUAUUAAUUACAGUAAAAAGACUUAUUUCAUAUUUAUGAAUGUACCUGACACAGUGAUAACAUUUAUUAGUUAUCACACUUCCAAGGAUGCACUUCCAAGAGUUCUGUUACGGGUUUUCACCAUUGUCUAGGACUUACCAGAGCCAUUAACAAAGCAGGAAUCUUUUACCUUUUGAGAGAAAAUAUGCAUAUCCUAAAGCAUCUGCCACUGUUCUAGUUCAAAUGGUAACGCUGGCCUUCCGCUUAGCGCAUAAUUUACAUCAGGACUAGAAGCUGGUACCCAUCAAGGUUUGGGGUUCAGCUUCACACGAGAAAACACUAGAAGACCACAAAUGUAACGACAGUGCAGAGGAGUGAGCAAGUUACAGUUAAUACAAUGGAGACGUCUUUCUUGCUCUGCAGAGUCAUCCCUGGAAACUGGACAGGCUUCCAUUUCAGUCAUGCUUCAAGGCCUCUGCAGAAAAUAGGGAAUCCUGCGCUCCCUCUCCACUGAAUGUAUUAUAUUGUGCUGCUUUUUAAAAAAAACUGUGUGUUUUAAAAGCAUUGAGCCUUAACAAGCAAAUGGUUCUAAAAUAUGAAGCAGUGACACUUCACUAGUUCAAGCUGCACGAGGAAGAUGCCACAUUCACAUUUAUAUU